AUGGCCUCUAGAUACACAAUCAUCAACCACCUUCCCCCUCCAGCAGAGUGUCUAGCAAUCCUGCUCGGCUGCGCAGAGUGCAUUGUCUUCGGCCUCGGCGGCCUCUCAAGCCCAGCCGACUAUGCUCGCGGCUACGGCCUACCAAUCGAUGCUCCCACAGAAGAAGGCCAAGAAUUGACGGACAACCAAAAGACGCAAAAGGCACUCGUAACAGCGCUGGCCGCUCGACACGUACAGAAUGGAGUUUUGAUCCUCACUCUGGGACUUUACACGAGGGAAAGAACUGCUUUGGGGUUUGCGGUGGCUUAUGGAGUCAUCUCGACUCUUGCGGAUAGUUUUAUUGUGAAGAGCUAUGGGAUUAAUCAUCUUGCUGGCGCGCAUGUUAUUGGGUUUUUGAAUUCGCUGGUGGUUGGUGGGGCUUUGUUGUGUUGGCGACGGGAUGAUAAGCUUUGGUGA